UUCUUUAAGAAAGAAAUAUAUUAGUAUUAUCUGGGCUGUAGAUGACGAUCACGGUUCCAAUCUUCCCGGUGUUGACGACAUUGACCUUCUUGCAUCAAAGUAACAUUUCUAGGGAUUUAAAGAUAAUAAUUAAUUAAGAGGUUACUGCAUGCAUAUAAGUGAUUUCAUUUUGAUAAUAAAAAAAUAAAGAAAUAUAUUAGACGAUGUUGAACAAAAAAAAUAAAAUAUAUAUAGACGAUAUCCGUGUCGCAUAUUUAAGAUAACUAUCAUUAUUUGAAAAAACAACUUUAAUUAGAUAUGUAUCCAAAUAAUUGUCGACAAAUUAGAAGAAAACAAAAGGAACACGAACGAGUUUCAUACACUAACUGGUGUCACUAGUCGUCGAAGUCUAACGCUGUCGUAACAGAAUCAAUGCCACGUCUUUCUUGCGCUGGUUACGCCAACUGUUCAUCGGUAUCGUGUUUAGAUUUUCAUUUUUCACUUUAUAAUAUAAAAGUCAAACUCAGAUUAGAGAGUGAACAUAAAACCCAAAUUACUAAAAGAAACCAAAAGAAAAAACAAAACAAAAACGGUGGAAGAGACAAAAGAUGAAUUGCUCUGGUUCUCAGCUUCAUAAUGUCUUUGUCUAUGGUAGCUUUCAAGAGCCCGACGUCAUCAACGUGAUGUUUGACCGUAUUCCCGAGAUCGUCUCCGCAACACUCCCGGGCUUUCAAAGGUUUAGGAUUAAAGGACGUUUGUAUCCAUGUAUUGUCCCCUCUGAGAAAGGAGAAGUUCAUGGAAAGGUACUAAUGGGAUUAACAGGUGAUGAACUUGAGAAUAUAGAUGCGGUUGAGGGAAAUGAAUAUGAGAGAGUGACUGUUGGGAUUUUUAGGGAGGACACUUCGGAGAAGAUGCCAGUGAAAACGUAUAUAUGGAUCAACAGGGCUGAUCCUGACAUGUUUGGAGAAUGGGAUUUUGAGGAAUGGAAACGAUUGCACAAAGAGAAAUUCAUAGAGACUUUCAAGAAAAUCAUGGAAUGUAAGAAGAAACCUCAGGGACAGGAAAGUGAUGAUUUCAGCCAUGCCCUACGCGAAGAUCAAUCGGAUGAGACUCCAUUGUCCUGAGUGGACUUGUGUUUUAGUAUAUAUGGUUUAUAUAUGACCUUUGUUUUUAGAAUUAUCAACAACAACAACAAAAACCUUUGUGUUUUUAAUAUUCUGGAAUAAAUAAAACGUAGAGAGUAUAGGUAUUGUGAAGAUU